AUCCAAUGAAGGUUAAUAGCUGGGUGGUGACACCUUCUCACACGACUGGAGAGAAAAUGCUGGGCAACUGGACAGCGCUUGCUCCCAGCUGCCUGUCACGGUACUGGGAGUAAGAGGUGACCUAUUUAUUUUUAGAAGGGGGCAGUCAUAAUAACCUGGCUCUUAGCUUCAUUCAAGGCGGGCAGGCAGGCGCUUUGGAAGUUUGUAAACACCAACUUUCUGAGUAAAAAAGGAGAGCUUUUUUCCCAGAAGGAAAGAACUUCACUACUGGGGGUUUUCCCCUCCUGAUAUUCAACUACAGUGGAAAAGAAAGCAUCGUUUGGCCUCAUUAGCCGUAGUACGCAAGUGCUACCACCUACUCCAUAGUAGCAUUGUUGAAGGGCAGAGAUGCCUGAAGGGGAGGACUAUGGACCAGGCAAAAGCUGGGAAGUUAUCAAUUCCAAACCAGAUGAAAGACCCAGAUUCAGCCACUGUAUUGCAGAGUCAUGGAUGAAUUUCAGCAUAUUUCUCCAAGAAAUGUCUCUUUUUAAACAGCAGAGCCCUGGCAAGUUUUGUCUCCUGGUCUGCAGUGUGUGCACAUUUUUUACGAUCUUGGGAAGUUACAUUCCUGGGGUUAUACUCAGCUAUGUACUGUUACUCUGUGCGUUUUUGUGUCCACUGUUUAAGUGUAAUGAUAUUGGACAAAAAAUAUACAGCAAGAUCAAGUCAGUUCUGCUGAAACUAGAUUUUGGAAUUGGAGAAUAUAUUAAUCAGAAAAAACGUGAGAGAUCUGAAGCAGAUAAAGACAAAAGUAACAAGGAUGACAGUGAAUUAGACCUUUCAGCUCUAUGUCCUAAGAUUAGCCUCACGGUUGCUGCCAAAGAGUUAUCUGUGUCUGACACAGACGUCUCAGAGGUAUCCUGGACUGAUAAUGGGACCUUCAACCUUUCAGAAGGAUACACUCCACAGACAGACACUUCUGACGAUCUUGACCGACCCAGUGAAGAAGUUUUCUCUCGAGAUCUUUCAGAUCUUCCAUCUCUAGGAAAUGGCAUGGGAACAAAUGAUGAAGAUGAACUGAGCCUUGGCUUGCCCACUGAGUUCAAGAGGAAAAAGGAACAGUUGGACAGUGGCUACAGACCGAGCAAAGAGAGGCAGUCAGCAGCUGGUCUCACCCUUCCUCUGAGCAGUGACCAAACCUUUCAGUUGAUGAGCAACCUGGCUGGGGGCGUCAUCACAGCUGCAGUGACUGCCGCUAUCAAAGACCAGUUAGAGGGUGCUCAGCAAGCACUUUCUCAGGCUGCACCCAGCCCAGGAGAGGACACAGACACUGAAGAAGGUGAUGAUUUUGAACUACUUGACCAGUCAGAGCUGGAUCAAAUUGAGAGUGAAUUGGGACUUACACAAGACGAGGAAGCAGAAGCACAGCAAAGUAAGAAGUCUUCAGGCUUCCUUUCAAAUCUACUUGGAGGCCAUUAAUCUGGGAAUCAGCUUGCAAAAGAACACAGAUAAAAACCACCAAAAAAAGUUCAGUCAAGGAAAAAAAAAAAAAAGAAAAAAAAAUUGAACUGUAAGCUUUAAUGAUUACUUUAGAUUUUUUUGUUUUAUUUUCCCUUCUGCAGUGAAUUAAUUGUAUAUCAGCUGACACUGAUAGAUUGAUAUUUCUGAUAGUUAUUUUUAUGUAAUAAGCAUGGAAAUGAACUUUAUAUGUAUAUAUACACAUACUGUGUUGUCAGAGAUGAAUAUUAGGGUUUGUUUUUAAAGCAAAAAAAAAAAAAAAAAAAAAAAAAACCAAAAAACAAAACAGCAAAUUAUUAAGGUCCUCAUAUAAGUAUUCUUUAUUUUUUCUUUACAAUUAAUUUUUCAAGCAUGCAAAACAGUUUAUUGUUGUAACUCAUUGAAAAAUAUUAACAGUUAAUUAUGGAUACAUGCUGUAUCAGCUCCCUUACUCCUAAUACUUGGAAACAGUUUUUUUUUAAAAAAAUGAUAGAUUUUGAUGUAAAAAGACAAAAAUGAUCAAGGUAUCUUUAGUUGAAGCACUUAGGAAAUACUAUCAAAAUUAAUUUCCUAGGAAAAUUUUUAAAAAUAUAUUUAAAUGCUAUGGAUAGGCUGAAACAUUUCCAUGUUAUUUCUGAAGUUGUAGACUUAGGCUUACUUGUAAAAUGGCAUGCUCCGUUGACUGCCAUCUCUAGUCUCGCAAUGGGUGGUAUUAACCCCUAGAAAGCAAGUAGUUGUAUAGCACAUAGACGGUGGUUGUGAUGUAAACAGAGGCUCAGCUGUUUUGUUGUCAUAUGUUUGUAAGACGGAUGUUGUGAGUGCAGAUCUAUUCUGCCUGCUCAUGGUUAAGUUAAACUUCAUCUUUCAUAUUACGUUGUGGAAAAAGUCUCCUAAAAUUGUGAAACUAGUUCUUGAUAUGUUCUAUGAGUGAUGUGGUAUCAGCAAUAAAGAAAUAAUAACUCUGUUUUCUUAAUCUGUAUAGAUAGAGAGGAACCUGCUUGGCUUUAAAGUGCAUUUAUUUGCCAUCGAAGUCUAAAUGUGUAAUCUGUUUCUUACUGGGAAACUAGAAUAUAAUUUUUCCUUCAUUUUAAACUUUUUUAGAUCACCUUUAAAUAACCAAAUUUGACUUGUGAUUUUCAACAAAGGACUAAAAAGCAGAAACCAAGCUGGUUUUGUUUUGGUGGUAGAAACUUUUAGGUAGUAUUGAGGGACCAUGUCAGUAACUACCAAAAAUCUCUUAAUCUUCAGGUAUAGCUGGCAUUUCUGCAGAUGCAUACAGACAUCUGAGACCCUCAGAAAGGAAGGAUAAUCUAAGAAUAUAGGAAAUCUGUGUUUCCCUCUUUUCAUUUUAUCCCUUUUAUUUCUAAAGACUAAUUAUAGGUAAUCUGACAUUUUAAUGCAGCACUUCUUAUUUAUUUUUUCCUUCUUAGGUAUUAAAAUAUCUAGACUGAAUUUUGCCAAAUGUUAAGGGACGAAGUUACUCAAGACUUUGAACACUUGCUUUUUGUGAUCGACUGUGCUUAUGUGUCAUUAGUGCCUCAUAACUGUUUGAUGUCCUUUACUGAAACAAAGUGAGCCUGUGCCUUCAUUAUCUUGCCCAUUUUGGUACAAAUGGAAACCUGGUGUUAGAAAAUCUCUGAACUGUGUGGAUUUUGGAGGAAUAUACCUGAGUUCUAUUCAAUAAGAGUUUCUGGACAUGAAGAAAAAUACAGUCACAUAUUUAUAAA